CCCUUCGCUAUUUAUAACACGAUGUCUACAAUCCCGUCAUCAUCACUAUCAAAACCAUCGGUGUUAUUCACUAUCUGAAUAUCUGAUCGGAGAUGUCUGACGUUGCCGGAGAAGCUCCCGUACCCGCUCCCGCCGUGGAAAAGCCACUGGAGGAGGUGAAGGCGGCGAAGGAGAAGAAAACUAAGGCUCCGAAAGAGAAGAAGCCGAAGCAGGCUAAAACUGCUGCGCAUCCUCCUUAUUUUCAGAUGAUUAAGGAGGCUCUGGUGGCGCUGAACGAGAAAGGAGGAUCGAGCCCUUAUGCUAUAGCGAAGUACAUGGAGGAGAAGCACAAGGCGGUGCUCCCCGCGAAUUUCAAGAAGAUUCUAGGUCUGCAAUUGAAGAACCAAGCCGCGAGAGGAAAACUCGUGAAGAUCAAGGCCUCGUACAAGCUAUCCGAAACCGCAAAGAAAGAGAAGAAGGAGACUAAGGUGAACGCUGAGAAGAAAGAAUCGCGUCCGAAACGUAGCAGAAGGGCAACCACCGCUGCUCCGACGAGCAAAAAAACUGAGGCGGUUAAAAAGGCCGGAAAGAAGGUUGGGCCGAAGAAGAGUAAGAAGGUGACGACUCCGGCGAAGCCCAAACAGCCCAGGUCCAUUAGGUCUCCGGCCAAGAGGGCCCGGAAGGCUACCGUUACUGGCGCUUGAUAUUUUUCUUUUGUUAGUGAAAGUCUGUAACUGCAUAUAUAGUAGAUAAAAGGAGUUGUGUGGCUGGAAGAGAGUUGUGUAAGUAUAGAAUGGUUUAAGGGUUAUGUAGUGUUCUCUGUGAUCAAAUGAGGAUCAGUUUACUGUUUUCAAUUA